GGCGGCGGGAGAAGUGGAUACGCAUGUGCUUGGAGCAGCGUGGGAAGUGGGCCUCCGCGCGGAUGCGGCGCGUCUCGAGCUCAGCUUCGCCGGCGCCCCCACUUGCGCCGUGGUCGACGGAAGCGGCGGAGGCGCCUCCCUCCACGGGUGGAACCCCGAAAUGGCCAUGUCCUUGGGAAGGACAAGUAGGAACGCUCCAGGAGCACAGGAGGAAGGUGUGCCAGCCGUACCGGACUACUCUCCGUCGUCGCGUAGGUCGUGCGUGCGCUCCGGGCGAUGCGACGGCGCCAUUUGGCUCGCGGGGAGCAAACUCCGAACCUCGCCUAGUCGCCGCGCCGCCGCGUCCGUCUGUUUGCCUUGGGGCUAUCUCGACCGUUCAAAAAGAACAGAUCUAUGCUAAUCUCUUCUUUUGAACGGUGUAGGAUUUGUAAGAGCGAACGGACGGUCCGAUCUUCAAAUCAAGCGCCGCUUAAAGGCAUUAACCAAAGCAAACCCCUCGUCCCCACGCAAACCCCGAUACCUCUCCUCCUCCGCCGUUUCCGCCCGCGCCGUCCGUUUCCGAUGGCGAUGGAGAUUCCGGCGGAGGUGCGCCGCUACUGGCUGCCGAUCCUCCUCUUCACCGCCGGCUUCCUCUUCCAGCUCGUCGUCUUGCCCCACCGCUUCCCGCCCACCCACUACGACGAGCUGGGAAUCGAGAGGUUCGCGCCGGUGGAGCAGGUGGUCGAGGCCUACGAGCGGCUCUCCAAGGAGUGGCUAUCUGAAACGAACCACCAACCUACUGUUGAUGUUAUAAAGAUCCGUUAUGCAUAUGAGCUGUUGACAAACCCAAUUAUGAAGAGGGAUUAUGACCUUUUUGGACUGGAUGAGCAUACGGAUGUCCUCAAGAGAGUCAAAGAACAAUAUCAAAAGGAGCACUUUCUGAAAAUAGAUCUCCCAUUGUUAAAAGAUUCUUUUGUUGAUUUGACUGAUUACGCCUUCAAUGUACUCACACAUGAGUCAUUUGGGCCUGCUAUUGCUGAAGAAUACCCACUGCUCAUACUGGUUUAUUCAAAGGGGAGCCCUCGUUGUGCUCAGUUUAUUGAGUACUGGAAACAAAUUGGCACUCUGUUGGACGGUGUCGCCAAAACUGCUAUGGUAGAAGUUGGUGAUUCGCAGCUGGCUGGUCAUUUUGCAGAAAAAAGGUUCUCCAAACAGCCAUUUUUCCGUAAUGGUGUACCAGCUCUUGUUGCAUAUCCUGCUAACUGCAGAACUCCUUCCUGUUACAUGAGGUACCCAGGUGGGCUCUUUGUGGAUUCUGCUGUUGACUGGGUUGCAACAUCUGUUGUAGGAUUGCCUCGGAUCUUGUACUAUUCAAAGGAUACAUUGGGUCCCCAGUUCAUUGGGAAGAGCGGCCAUCAUAAGGUCAAGGUUAUCUUUUUCUCAAGUACUGGAGAGCGUGCUGCUCCAUUCCUUCGCCAAGCUGUCCAAGAGUAUUCGAGCUAUGCGUCAUUUGCAUUCGUCCUAUGGAGAGAAGACGAAUCACAGAUUUGGUGGAAUUCGUUAGGAGUGGAAUCGGCUCCUGCACUCGUUAUCUUGAAGGGACCAGGCACAAAGCCUGUUGUACACCAUGGACCUUUUAGCAAGUCAGAGUUCACAGAGAUGAUGGAGGAGCAUAAGCACCAAGAACUGCGACAGCUAAGAAGUGACACAUCUUUGGAACUGGGUUGCAAUGCUAGAGGCCAUUCACGUGCUGGCAUUGACACGACAAUUUGGUAUUGUGUAGUUGUUGCUGGUCGUCCUGGCAUAGAACUAAGUAAAAAGAGACAAAUUUUGCGUAAGGCCCAAGACCAACUGAUAGGUGCUGUUGACACAAGUGCUACUGUGAAUGUGGAUAAUUCAGUAGAGAUAUCAAGUGCGGCAACUGCCUUGAAAGAUGACAGGUUGACCUUUGUUUGGUUAGAUGGAGAAGUACAGAAGCAAAUUUGUGCCUUCUACCUUGCCACUGAUUAUAAUGGAGCCUGUGGUCCUAGAGGUUUUGGAGAUGAUAAUAAUAAACCCGAACUGUUCAUUGUUCGUUUCCAAAGAAACGCAACAUAUGAGGCACUGAAAGCUGAGAAAAAGAACAAUCUUAUGGAGGCUCUCCAGGGACAGCAUACUACUGAUGCCUCCCAGCUAGUGGCAAGGUACAAUGGUCUAGAUGAAAUUCAAGAGAUAAACAAGUGGAUCUCUCAGAUUAUCAAAGAUGGAGAUACUAGAGAAAUUCCUUACUUUACUUCAAAGGUACCAGAUCUUGUACCUGAGGAAACAAGUAAGGACUGGCUAAGAAAUACCAAAAGUAUCCGCUCAGCCGGAAAAAGUCUAAAAGAGAACAUUGGUUUCCAUUUCCGAGAUUACCUGACCGACCCAAGGAUUGGUCCAGCUUUGCUUAUGUGUGGAUGUAUUUCACUGGGAGUAAUAUGGCUCAGGAACAGCCAACCAACUCAGAGUACACGACAGGAUAAAGCUCCAAAAGACGAGACCAAGAGGCGUCGUCCGAAGCUUAGCACGUCGCUCUUUGGUCAGCCCUCUGACUAUAUCACUGAUGCUGAACCCAAAGAUGCUCGUCGGUGGGAGAUGACGGACUCAGAUUCGGACUAAUGACUUACUCAUUACUUUCGGACAGACUUUCAAGAAUGUGUUGAACUUUGCCAAACUUUGUAUAGCUGGGCGGCAGCCCUAGUUUAGGCCAAUGGCUGGCAGCGCAUAACCAAUAUGAAAGAAAACAGUUCGACUACUGAAGUACUCAAGUUGCCAUCUCUCUGAUGCUUCCGUUGUCCUGUGACUCCGAGGACAGCUAUUUUUGUUGUGACGUGUAUCUCUACAUCUGCUUGUAAGCUGACAAGCCUGGUAUAGAUCUCUCAUGCAGUAUAACAACCUAUGAUAUCUCAUUAUGGAGUACACUGACAGGAAAAUAUCUGUCUUCAUUAUGUGUAAAUGAUGCAUCACAUAAACAACGUACAUGCAGAUUUGAUGGAA